GCCAAACAAUAUUUCCAGCUCACAGACUUUCAACAUGAAUACAGAAUAUGUCGAGCCACGAUAUGUUGAUAAAGUGAAGCUCCAUGCGCUUCUCGCGCGCUUAUUCCCUGAACAAUCCUGGAGGGCUGAGAUACGAAGAGGAAAGUGGGUCAUCGAGACUCCUAGAACUCUAUCAAAGGAAGAACUAGAUUCCGUCGCUUCGUAACACAAUGUCUGCAAAGCGACGUGACCACACAGCCCGCUUAUCCACCUCUUGCCUGUUUGCCUUUUAUAUUUCUGUAGUCGCAGCCU